AUGGCCGACCAUCUCCCCCCAGCCCCUGCGGCCGCCCCGGUGAAGAAGGAGAAGAUUGUCCCGCCCAGCCCUCCUCUGAAGAUUAGAGAUAGAGACAGGGGCUGCGAGUAUUUGAGAGUCGGGUUCUUGGGAGAAGGAGGUUUUGCCAGGGUCUACGAAGUCCAAGACCACAGAGGGUCUAGAAGGGCAGUCAAGGUUGUCAGCAAGGCUAGCAUCAAGACGAAAAAGAACAAGACCAAGUUAUGGGCAGAGAUCAAGCUCCACCAAAUGCUUGCGCACCCCAACGUGGUCAGGUUUGACGAUUGUUUCGAGGAUGAAGAGAACGUUUACAUGGUGUUGGAACUUUGUCAUUACGGAAGUCUCAUGGAUCUUCUGCGUCGCCGCAAGCGCUACUCCGAACCCGAAGCCCGCUACUAUCUCGUCCAACUCAUCGCCGCGUGUCAAUACAUGCACCAGAUGAAUGUCAUCCACCGUGAUCUCAAGCUGGGCAACUUGUUUUUGGAUGAGAAUAUGGAUAUCAAGGUUGGAGACUUUGGAUUGGCAGCUCUCAUUGAAAAGCCGGGAGAUAGAAAGAAAACGAUAUGUGGGACGCCAAACUAUAUUGCCCCCGAAGUGUUGUUCGACACUGCCAACGGGCAUAGCUUCGAGGUGGAUGUUUGGUCGGUUGGGGUGAUCUUAUACACACUCCUCAUUGGCAAACCCCCCUUCCAAACCAAAGAUGUCAAAGCCAUCUACAAGCGUAUCCGUGAAAAUCGAUACGAGUUCCCCACCGACCGUGAAAUCUCUUCCUCCGCCCAGGAUCUCAUCAUGUCUAUAUUGAACACCAACCCAGACAAACGGCCUACGCUCGACGCCAUCCUCAGCCACCGGUGGUUCCUCGACGGCGCCUUCCCAGCCUACAUCCCCACAUCCGCCAACGACUUUGCACCUGACUUUCGACAUGUCUCUUCCUCCCAGAGCCGUCGAAACUUUGCCGCAUUGUGCCACAAAUCCAAGAUUGGUAUCGCUCAGUCUAUCAACGUCGAGCCUCCCCGGCCGCGCACUGCUCUUGGACCAUCCAUUAUGCAGCAAGAGAGGGACUUCAAGAAUGCCGUUCAACCCGACAGCCCGAUUUCUGCUUUGCUCAACUCUGCUCGACAGCCUCUUGUCCAAGCUCCCGCUGGCAUCAAAGAGCCGUCUUUAUUACGAAAGCUCUCUGCUGCGAGUGCAGCCAGUACGCUAAGUCCUGCUCGGCGCGGUACAGCUGGCAAGGAGAACCACGACCUUGGGCGUAGGCCCGCUGCCAUGGAGCGUCUGGGUGAAGAGUCUGAAGAAGAGCGGGCUGAGGAGGAGCAGAAACCCAGACCAGGCAGAGAGAAUGAGCUGGCAGCGCAGAAGGCGAGGAUCGUGUCGCAGAUGGCGGCUGAGAGGCAGCAGUACGUGGAAGCACUGGAGAAGGCUUCAGAGGGCGGAGCGGCACAGAGGCAGAUGUAUGAAGGAGCGAAGGCUAGAGUAGCGGCUGCUCCCAGAGCGGCAGUGCCGUUAUCAGCCACGCUAGCUCAACCUACGGCGGCGUCAAGUCGGCCGGAAGGGUCGACCAAGCCUUCUUAUGGUCAAUCGACGGUUGCCGAGUCCUCCAAGCCCGAGAAAUCUAGAGACUACAAAACGACCUUGUUCGAGACGUUUGGGCAAAAUUUGACGGCCGGCUUGACGAUGUCCCAGACAGAUGAAGGUUUCCAAACACCUCAAAUUGAAUCGAAACCGGAAGCGCCAUCCGUAUUCGUGGUGUCAUGGCUCGACUACUGUACCAAGUAUGGUAUGGGCUUUGCCAUGACGGACGGCACCGUCAGCGUCCACUUCAACGACUCCACCUCCCUGGUGCUCGCACCCGGCAAGAAGCACUUUGAUGAUAUCCGUCCCACCGGCUCCGAUGACCUCUCCCAGAACAUACGGCGGAAUCAUCUCAUUGAGAGGUACCCGUCCGAUCUCAAGAACAAGGUCUACUUGUUGAAACACUUUGAAAACUACAUGCUGGACAAGCUGUUUGGUGAUCAGCCGUAUACUUUUGAGGACAAGGAGCUGUCGACGGGGAUGGUGUUUGUGGUCAAGUAUCUGAGGAUGAAGCAUGUGAUCUUGUUUAGGUUGAGCAAUGAUGUCCUUCAGUUCAACUUUUACGACCACACCAAGCUCAUUCUCUCCCGGGACGGACUUGUUGUCACGGUCAUCGAUAGACACUCGGUCAUCCGCACCUGGAGUCUCGAGGAGCUGUUGCGGCCGGUGGAUGAGAGACUGUCGCCAAAGGACAAGAAGAGAAUCGAGGGCGUUGUCCACAAGGUUCAAUACGCUAGGGAUGUUCUGGCAAAGAUCAAGAGUCAUGUGUCCACAAGCACCAAGACAGCUAGCGUCCAGCCUGCACCUGCAAAGUCGACAGCCGCCCAUGACCAACGUGCCUACACUGCGCGUCCCGUAGGCGAACGUGAGAUUGGGAAACCUAUCCGCUAG